AUGUCUCGAGCACGGCAGCCCCCGCUCGUCACAGGCAUCUCUCCCAAUGAAGGCAUCUCAUGGACAAAAGUGACAAUUAGAGGAGAAAAUUUGGGGACUGGGCCAACAGACCUCAUAGGUUUAACAAUCUGUGGGCACAACUGUCUGCUAACUGCUGAGUGGAUGUCUGCCAGUAAAAUUGUGUGCCGAGUCGGGCAGGCUAAAAACGACAAGGGAGACAUUAUUGUAACUACUAAGUCUGGUGGCAGAGGAACUUCAACAGUAUCCUUCAAACUGCUUAAACCUGAAAAAAUAGGUAUCUUGGAUCCGUCUGCUGUCUGGGUGGAUGAAAUGAACUAUUAUGACAUGCGCACUGAUAGGAACAAAGGGAUUCCCCCCUUGUCCCUGCGUCCGGCUAAUCCACUUGGUAUUGAGAUAGACAAAGGCAGAUUUCCUCAGAAAGAUUUAGAGGCACUGUUUCCUGGCAUGAGUGCUGAUUUCACAAGUGAAAACUUCUCUGCUGCCUGGUACCUGAUUGAGAAUCACUCAACAACAAGUUUUGAUCAACUCAAAACAGCAGUUGUAAACUUGAAGAAACAAGCCAAUAAGAAAAAUGAGGGGAGCCUGGCCUAUGUCAAAGGAGGUCUCAGUACGUUUUUUGAAGCACAAGAUGCCCUGUCAGCCAUCCAUCAAAAACUGGAAGCGGACGGAACGGAAAAAGUGGAAGGAUCCAUGACGCAAAAACUGGAGAAUGUACUGAACAGAGCCAGCAACACAGCAGACACUUUAUUCCAAGAAGUGCUGGGUCGUAAGGACAAAGCUGAUUCAACAAGAAACGCACUUAAUGUUCUUCAGCGGUUCAAAUUUCUUUUCAACCUUCCCUUGAAUAUUGAAAGAAAUAUCCAGAAGGGCGAUUAUGAUGUGGUUAUUAAUGACUACGAAAAAGCCAAGUCACUCUUUGGAAAGACAGAGGUUCAAGUAUUCAAAAAAUAUUAUGCUGAAGUUGAAACCAGGAUUGAAGAUUUAAGAGAGCUUCUGUUGGAUAAGCUGCUUGAAACUCCAUCAACAUUGCAUGAUCAGAAACGUUAUAUAAGAUAUCUUUCUGAUCUUCACGCGCCUGGGGACCCUGCUUGGCAGUGCAUUGGUGCUCAACAUCAGUGGAUUCUGCAGCUCAUGCACAACUGUAAGGAGAGCUACGUUAAAGAACAAAAAGGCAACCCACUGCUCCACAGCCCCAUGCUAGACCUGGACAGUGAUGUGCGUCCAUCACCUAUUGGCCAUCUCAGUCAAACUGCUUCGUUGAAGAGGGGCAGCAGCUUUCAGGCUGGCCGUGAUGAUGCCUGGCGGUAUAAAGCUCCUCAACAAGUUGUCUUUGUGGAAAAGUUGACAAAGCUUGUUGUCAGUCAGCUGCCCAACUUCUGGAAGCUCUGGAUUUCUUAUGUAAAUGGAAGUUUAUUCAGUGAGACUGCUGAAAAAUCUGGCCAAAUGGAAAGAUCAAAGAAGAAUGCAAGGCAAAGACAAAAUGAUUUCAAGAAAAUGAUUCAGGAAGUGAUGCACUCUCUGGUGAAACUUAUCCGUGGAGCUUUGCUUCCAUUCAGCCUCAGAGAAGGAGAAUCAAGAGAGUAUGGUGGCUGGGAGAUGAAAUCAGAACUUUCUGGCCAGUGGCUAACACAUGUUAUCCAGACAGUGAGGCUCAGUUCUGAGUCUCUUACUGCACUUGAGAUACCCAAUGAUAUGCUUCAGAUCAUCCAGGACCUUAUUUUGGACCUUCGUGUACGUUGCAUCAUGGUGACCUUACAACACACAGCUGAAGAUAUAAAGAGGUUAGCUGAAAAAGAAGACUGGGUAGUUGACAAUGAAGGCUUGACAUCAUUGCCAUCCCAGUUUGAACAGUGCAUUAUUCAUUCCCUGCAAUCUCUGAAAACUGUGCUGGACUGCAAACCUGGAGAAGCCAGCGUUUUCCAGCAGCAGAGAACACAGGAGGAUGUGUGCCAGCUGAGCAUUGGGAUCAUGCAGGUCUUUAUAGACUGUUUGGAACAACUGAGUACCAAACCUGAUGGUGACAUUGAUACAGCACAUCUUUCAGUUGAUGUUUCAUCUCCAGACUUGUUUGGGAGCAUUCAUGAAGACUCAAGUCUCUCUCCAGAGCAGAGGCUUUUAAUUGCACUCAGUAACUGUCGUUACCUGGAGCGUCACACCUUCCUAAAUAUAGCUGAGCACUUUGAGAAGCACGGCUUCCAGGGAGUUGAAAAAAUAAUUCAAGUUAGUAUGGAAUCCUUGAAAGAGCUGGAUCAAAGACUGUUUGAAAUGUACAUUGAAUUCAAGGCAGAUCCAAUCGUUGGGUCCUUAGAGCCUGGCAUUUAUGCAGGAUAUUUUGAUUGGAAAGAUUGUCUCGUUCCAGCAGGUGUCAGGAACUAUUUGAAGGAAGCAUUAGUGAACAUCAUUGCUGUGCACGCAGAGGUGUUUACCGUUUCCAAAGACUUGGUUCCUCGGGUGAUGUCAAGGGUUGUAGAAGCAGUCUCUGAAGAGCUGAGUCGACUGAUGCAAUGUGUGUCAUCCUUCAGCAAAAACGGAGCUCUACAGGCAAGACUUGAAAUCUGUGCCUUGAGGGACACUGUGGCCAUAUACCUGACACCUGAGAGCAGGUCGAGCUUCAAGCAAGCUUUGGAAGCCUUGCCUCAGCUCUCAAGUGGGACUGACAAAAAGUUGCUGGAAGAGUUGCUAAACAAGUUCAAGAGCAGCAUGCACUUGCAGCUGACCUGUUUUCAAGCUUCUUCAUCAGCAACAAUGAAAACAUAGACAACAACACAAUGCAGCCAGCUCAGAAGAGAAACGUCAGCUGUUUUCUGAGUACUUCUUCAAUUCCUUUGAAGACUGGAGAAAAAAGGAAUUUCACUUAAAUGAUCAUGAGAUACAACUCUGUGUAACGGUGUGGGGAAUCCUGCUGAGUGAGAC